GCAGGACCCUGGAGUUGGGGAAGACCUUUUGCCACUCCUCACUGUGGCAUGCUCACACAAGCUUCUUGAAGAGCUGCCAUUUCCAUCAAGGAGGUACAGAACAAUUUCCAACGGGACUGUGGAAAGGAAACUGUCGUGCUUUGUGCCCAUGGGUUUAUUUACAGACUGAAAGACUAACUCAAAGAAGAGCAGAUAGAGGACAACUGCACAGUAACAGACUAUGAAUGCUCAGCCCACACUCCUGAGAAAACCUGGGCAGUUUGUGACACCUGCAGCUCGUCCUCUCAGCCUUUGGAGCUACUUAGCCGAGUCUGGUGCGUCUGUCUGUCAGCAGAGAGAUGCCACCCAAGGGGAAAGGUCCACAAGGGAAAAGGAUCACCUUGAAAACGGCCAAAAAUGCAGUCCGGGUACUUUUUAAUGGAAGGCGCCGUCUCGAGUUAAGCAAAAUGGGCAUUGCCACCUUCCCCAAGUGCCUUCUGGAGCUGGCCGAUGUGGAGGAAAUUGAUUUGAGCAGAAACAUGUUAAGAAAGAUUCCAAACAUCAUUGAGAAGUUCCAGAAUCUGGUGUGGCUGGACCUGCAUAGUAAUCAGAUUGAUGAGCUGCCACCAGAAAUAGGCACACUUAAGAACCUUACUUUCCUGAAUUUAUGCAACAACAAGUUGACCACGAAAGGUCUACCAGAAGAGCUGACCCAGCUCAGGAACCUGCGUACUCUCAACCUGGGCUUGAACUGUCUUGAGUCUAUUCCCACCACUCUUGGGUCUCUGAGGGAACUUAUUGAGCUAGGCCUCUUUGACAACUCCUUGACCCUCAUCCCAAAGAGUGUGAAAAAGCUCCCCAAGAUUGAGAGAAUGAAUGUGAAAAGAAACCCUUUGCCAGAGUUUGCAAAGGAAGAGGAGCCAAUUGACACCGUUAAACGCGUAGAAUCGCUUUACUUAGUGGAAAAGAAAGACCUGUGCACCAUCUGCCUGCAGACGUGUCAGGGUGAGAGGAGUGAGCUGCACAAGUUAGAGGACAUGACACCUGGCCCCUCAGAUAAGCCAAGUUUCCCUUUGCUCACUACACCCAAUUCCACUGCAAGGGAUAACCAGGAAGAAUGGAGAAUGAAAGAAGAAGAAGAAAAAGAAAUAAAAGAAGAAGUAGAAGAAGAAGAAGAAGAAAAUGACAAUCCUUGAGAUAUACCAAGGCACUCUACAGACCAUGCUCCAUGAAGUCCAGUCCAAGCAAAUAAAAAGCUGA